CCCACUUUGGCUUUAGACAACGGACUGAUGAAGACCCCUCCCAUGGGUUGGUCAUCUUGGGAAUGUUUUCGCUGUAACGUUGAUUGUAUGAGUGAUCCCAAAAACUGCAUCAGUGAAUCGUUCUUUAAAGAGAUGGCAGACAGACUGGCUGAAGAUGGGUGGAAGGAACUGGGAUAUAAUUAUAUAAUGAUUGAUGAUUGCUGGUCUUCCAUGCUACGGGACGAAUAUGGGCGACUACAGCCUGACCCACACAGAUUCCCUGGCGGUAUUGCACAGCUGGCGGACUAUGUCCAUGGUCUUGGCCUAAAACUGGGCAUCUAUGCAGAUUUUGGCACUCACACCUGCAUGGGUUACCCAGGCACCACGCUGGACAAGAUAGAAACUGAUGCACAAACCUUUGCUAGCUGGGGUGUUGACCUGCUGAAAUUUGAUGGAUGCUACUCAGAUGCUUAUGAGCAAGCAGAGGGCUAUCCUCUGAUGUCACAAGCUUUGAAUGCAACGGGGCGUCCAAUUGGCUAUUCUUGUGGUUGGCCUGCUUAUCGUGGAGGGCUCCCUCCGAGGGUUAAUUAUACACUUAUCAGAGACAUCUGCAACUCCUGGCGUAACUAUAAUGACAUUGAGGAUUCAUGGAAUAGUGUGCUUGAAAUCACCAACUGGUUCUCAGCCAAUCAGGAUCAGCUGCAACCUUUUGCAGGCCCAGGACACUGGAAUGACCCAGAUAUGCUCAUCAUUGGAAAUUUUGGCCUCAGUCUUGACCAAUCACGUUCUCAGAUGGCACUGUGGGCAAUCAUGGCUGCUCCGCUCAUCAUGUCCAAUGACCUUCGCACUCUGAGCAGCCAAGCCCGGAACAUUCUGCAGAACAAAGUUUUGAUCUCCAUUAACCAGGACCCAAUGGGUGUUCAGGGCAAACGCCUUUUACAAGAAAAGGGUCAUAUAGAUGUGUUCUGGAGGCCACUGUCUAACUCAGCCAGUGCCCUGGUGUUCCUCAGCCGUCGCACAGACGUUCCUUAUCUCUAUCACACUUCUCUCUCCAAGCUGAAAUACACAGCAGGCAGCUACAAGGCCUUCGACGUGUUCACUGGAGAAACUGUGUCUUUGCCGACACACACCACUCAGUUCACGGUUUCUGUCAACCCCUCUGGAGUUGUCAUGUGGUAUGUGUAUCCCACCACAUACUGGGACUAG